UUAUGGCAGAUUCGAAGUCCUUUUACCAAAACAUGUACACGUUCUGACAUUAAUGCGUGUGUGGGGGAAAAAGGAGAGUUUGUAUUGAAAAAAGGUUACAGAUAUUAUGCUUAAAGACGUGAGGACUAAAGAGACAUUAUUAGGGGAACAAUGGCCAGCACCAUGGUGGCCGUGGGUCUCACCCUGGCAGCAGCAGGAUUCGCAGGUCGAUAUGCCAUGCAGGCCCUGAAACAGAUGGAGCCCCAGGUGAAGCAAGCUCUUCAGGCUUUUCCUUUAUCUACGUUUGGAAGCGGUUACUACAGAGGAGGAUUCGAUCCCAAGAUGACGAAGAGAGAAGCGUCUCUAAUCCUUGGAGUCAGUCCCACUGCCAACAGAAACAAGAUCAGGGAGUCACACAGGAAGCUGAUGAUCUUAAAUCAUCCUGACCGAGGUGGCUCUCCGUACAUCGCAGCAAAAAUCAACGAAGCGAAAGAUUUACUGGAUGGACAAGCCAAGAAAUAAUUUAAUACACACUCAGUGAGUGACUCUUUCAUUAAACUUGGUGAUUAUAUAACUGGAA